AUGGUGGAAUUGAGAGUGAUCUUGGUAGCAUCCACAACAAAUAAGAGAGAGAUAGUGUGUGAGCAAGGGACCAAACAAAUAACCGGAGAAGGAAGGAAAAAAAGUGAGAGUGAAGUAAUGAAGCAUACAGAAAUGCUAUGCACAAUAAAACUUCACAAUGGAAUUACUCAUCCCGGAACAUCAAGGGCCUACAUGAAGAAGCAUAAACUGAAGGGCAAUUCCUUGGACAUGGAAAAAGAACUACCAAAGCAGUAG